UGACUACGUGUCCGUGCCAUGGAACGCAAACGCCGUUGAAGCAGUUAUCUUUCACUCAUUGGUUCACUGCAGAGCCUCAGGAUCAGUAAGCUUCAGAGGUCCCACUUUCCAGACUUUACGGUCUUCGGAAAAUUAACACUACAGUUUCUUUAAGCAGUUCAUGAAAUUAUUAUUGACAGGUCGUUGAGACAUUUAUACAAGUUGAUGUCCUGCAAAAUAUCCAGUCCGGAAAGGAUAGCAACAAAAUAAUGAUUCAGUUGUAGCGAAUCCCUCUGUAGCUGCAGAAGAUGUUCUGUAUGCCUGGUUUAAACAGGAGAGCCAGGAGCAGAUCCUUGAGUGAUGGAUGUAAAGGAAGUCUCAGCUUCAAGUCUGUUUAUCUCAGAGGAAUCUGAGAGCCUAUAUCCUAUGUGCUUUGGUGUUUCAUGUGCAUUGGUUGCCCUCAGGCUCCUCUCAGGACCUGACACGGAUGACGUGCAAUGGUCUGAGAUGCGGGAUAGAAUGCUUCAAGGCAGUGCACAUCUCUUGGGGCUGCUUGUGUGGAGAGUGCAGAAAGGAGAAGCAAACGAUUGCAGGUCUGUGCUUCAGUGUAAGCUUGAGAAAGCCGAGGCAGAGGUGACAGAAUUGAAGAGGAUAAGAAGUGAAGAUGCAAAGGCUAAUGAGAAAGUCGUGAGCAUCUUUGCUGCUCAGGAGCAGAGCUGGUUAAGUGAAAGGAAGAAGCUUCAAUUGCAAAUUAGAGUUCUUCUAAAUGAAUUGAAGGUCCUUGACACAAAAAAGGAAGAAGUUAUAUCAAGUUUGAAUGAAAAAGUUAAAGAGAAGGAGCUUCUGAUACAGUCUACAGAUAAAGCAUUGGAGGCAGAGGAGAGUAAGAGGAAGGAGCUAGAAGAAAAGCUACAGAAAGUCGAGGCCAUUGUGGAGGAACUGAGACAAACUGCAAACAGAGAAGCUCAAGAGCAUUCUUCUGAAAUUUGGAAACACAAGACUGCCUUCAUUGAACUUGUCUCAAAUCAGCGUCAGCUUGAAGCUGAGAUGAGCCGCACCCUUCGGCAAAUUGAGGCUGCAAAGCAAGAGCUGGACUCAGCGUUCAAGCAGAAGGAGGAAUCAAUCUCAAUGGUUCAAAAGCUAUCCUUGGAGAUGAUAAAGAUGCGCAAGGACUUGGAACAGAAGGACAAGAUCCUGUCUGCUAUGCUGAGAAAAUCUAAAUCAGACGCCACAGAGAAGCAAUUAUUGUUGAAGGAGAUUAAGAUAUCGAAGGCAAGGAGGAAGCAAGCAGAGCUAGAGACAGAGAGGUGGAAGGCACCCUGCAAAUGUAGACACAACAGACAUUUUUUAAGGAGCAAUUUGGCUGAUGAUGCAGAAUCAACCUCAAAUGUGUUCUCAGGUUCAAAAGGGGCAUAUCAUGUUGAGGGAAGCUGUUCUGAGAAACGAAGGACCAGAUUGCAGGCUGUUGACAAUAGAGUAAACCCCAAAAAUGUUCACCUUGGCUGCUUGGAAGCUGAGCAUACAAAAGAAGAUGAACGUUUUACACCCCCGAGAAUUGUUAAUUCAACUUCUGAUGGUUCCCAUCUAUUCUCACCCGAAACAGAUGAAGAACUUAACAGGUGCCAAGCACUUGGAAGUUGGAUUCGCUCAGAAACAGAGAAGAAAUACACAAUUGUGCAUGAGCAGAGGCAUCACCUAGAAAUAGAUGCCUUUGCAGAACAGAUGAGAUUGAAAGAUGAGAAGUUAGAAGCUUUCCGCUGGCGGACAUUGAGCUUGGAACUGGAAACAAAACGUUUGCAGUCCCACAUUGAAGGCCUUGACCAAAAUAUGUCACAACUUACGGAGGAAAACAUGAAGCUGGAAGCCUUGUUGUUGGACCGCGAAUUGGAAUUGAAAUCCUUAAAAGAGAGGUUUUCAUUGCUGUUACACUCUUUUCAUCGCCAAAAUACCAACUUUAAUUCAUCCCCAAUGAAUCUGGCUUUAGUUCAUGAGCCUGUCUGGUCUGAAGUUGAGAUUACGAAGAGCAAACUGAGAGAGAAGGAAGAAUCUUACCCCAUGGUGCUUAGAAAUACUCAUGAGGUGGAGACUGCGAAUGAUGAGGAAAACCUGUUUGACCAGUCUAAAGACUUAGGUUUCAGAAUCCAAACUCCCGAAGAAGAGAUUGGAGUAGAGAAAGUGGCUGACAUGGACCUUGAUCAUACUCAAGGGGAAUGCAUGCAUCUAGAGGCCCAUAUUGGCAAUAAGGUAGCAUCAUUGGGUCACUCUGUUGUUAAGAAGGAUUCUUGUCCAUGGAAGAUGGAUCUCCAUGCUCUUGGAGUUUCUUUCAAAAUUAAGCGGCUGAAGCAGCAUCUUCUCAUGCUGGAGAAGUUGGCCGGAACACACAGAAGCUGUGAACAGAGGGGUGGUGAUGAUCAAGGGCAGGCCCAGAUAAAGGGUUUCUUUUCUUUAAUGACCUUGCUCAAUAAACAAGUCAGCAGGUACCAGUCCCUUCAAGAUAAGACUGAUGAUCUAUGCCAGAGGAUGCACAAAAACAAAUUACAUGGGAGCUGUGGAGACUUAAGCAUUGCAAAGACCAAGGAGGAAACAAAAACACUUGAGCACUUUCUUGAAGAAACUUUUCAGCUACAAAGAUACAUGGUUGCAACGGGGCAGAAGUUAAUGGGGAUACAAUCACAGAUAGCUUCUUGUUUUGUUGGGAUUGCUGAAGAGCUUGAUGAAUCUGCUGGCUUUGAUAUGAGGCGGUUGGCUGAUGGUGUUGGAAUUCUCUUCGGGGAAGCGCAACGGGGUCUAGAAGUCCGGAUAGCUCGUAUUAUAGGAGACCUUGAGGGGACUCUGGCAUCUGACGGGUUUAUGCAUCGGAGAAACUAGUCUCAGCUCAGUUCAUUGCUGACAGUCCCACUCUGAAUUUGAGCUCUAAAGUUAAUAUGAUUCUAAGAGGGGAUCCCCUUCCAAAAGUUAUAGUGUGUUUAUAAGAGCCAAAUUUGAGGCUCUACAUUACAAUGUACAGUUAAGUAUAUGCUCUUCUUCUGAUACAUUAUUUUGUUAGAAAAUCCAGUUUAAUAUCAUCUGAUUAUU